AUGUAGUGACGCCAUCACGACGGGCGGUGGAGCAUGCGCAGUAGCGAGGCUUUUUGGGCGCUGGGUUGGGUACUCGAAAGGCUCUUGGGUUCCGGGGUCUUAUUGUGGUACCAAGGACUCCGGACUGGCGCUUUUGGCCGGCUUGGCAUUGGGUAGGAGGCAUCUUGGGGCCCACAUGAGCCAGUGGCAUCAUGCCCGCAGUGGCUGGGGCCGGGGUCGCGACUUUUCUGGACGCUCCUCAGCCAAGAGAAAGGGCGGAAACCACAUCCCCGAAAGGUGGAAAGACUAUCUCCCAGUUGGACAGCGGAUGCCUGGGACUCGUUUCAUUGCUUUCAAAGUUCCUUUGCAAAAGAGUUUUGAAAAGAAUCUUGCUCCAGAAGAAUGCUUUUCCCCUUUGGAUCUUUUUAACAAAAUCCAAGAACAAAAUGAAGAACUUGGACUGAUUAUUGAUUUAACAUAUACUCAACGCUAUUAUAAGCCAGAGGAUUUGCCAGAAACUAUUCCUUACUUAAAAAUUUUUACAGUUGGGCAUCAGGUGCCUGAUGAUGACACUAUUUUUAAAUUCAAAUGUGCUGUUAAUGGGUUUUUGAAGGAAAAUAAAGAUAACGACAAACUUAUUGGCGUCCACUGUACUCAUGGUUUAAAUAGGACUGGCUACCUCAUCUGCAGAUAUUUGAUUGAUGUAGAAGGCAUGAGGCCAGAUGAUGCAAUUGAAUUAUUCAAUAGGUGCCGGGGACAUUGCUUAGAAAGACAAAACUACAUUGAAGACCUUCGGAAUGGUCCUAUCAGAAAGAAUUGGAAUUCCAGUGUAUCCAAGUCCAGUGGUUUUCAAGACUCAGCACAUCUCAUGGAACCAGUUCACACCAUGAAUAAGUCUGUUAAACAAGGCCAUAGGUAUAACCUACAUCGGCUCCAAGGUUACCCAACUCCUCCUCGGCAUUUCCACACCCAGACCCAAAAUUUGCAACAGUCAUUCAGAAAAUUUCCACAGAAUCAGAGUGUUUACCAGAGAGGCCAUAUCCCUCCUCCUGGUCCCCCUGGAGAAGACUAUUCACAGAGGAGAUACUCUUGGAAUGUGAAGCCAAAUGCCCAUCAAACAGCCCAGAAUAAGAGGUGGUAUUCUGACAGUUACAGCAGACUGUCUUAUCCAGCCUAUUGGGAAUGGACCAAGUGAUACAAACCUGUCCUGGAAAGGUACCUGGAGACCAGAGCUGGACUGAAGAUAGCUAGAAUGACUGUUAAUUAGAUCAGGUCAAAUGAGGUUUUUUAUUUUAUUGUUCCCUUAUGUGUUCAAGCUUAAGGAAAAAUAAUAUCAGUAUUUACCUCUUUGCUGAUAAAUUUGUAGUAAUUAUAGCAGUGCAGGAAAAAAAUCUGUCAUUCUAAUCUUAAAAUUUUUCUAAAGGAAAAUAUUUUAGAACUGAUAAAGUAUUAAGAACUUCCCUUGCAAAUUAUUUUCAAAAUACUAUCUUGGUUUUCUAUUAUAUGUAUUUCCUUCUGACUAGACUUGUGAUAUGAGUGUAUGUAUGUUCAGAAAUUUUUAGUGUUUUUGUCAUGUUCUAUUAUUGACCCGGUCAUUAAGGAUAUCUUUAUUUUCCCUAACUGUUCAAAAUUUCUAUUAAAAUCUACCUAAGAGAUAAUUUCUUUAGAACCUA